AUGGCCGAAUCGUCCAGUUCUGCGGCCUCUGGCACCGCCAAGCCUAAGGCGGCCCCCAAAGCUGCAAACCCUGCCUUCAGAGCACUCGGCAUGCCCAAUUUCCGGUUCAGACUUCCUUCCCGAAACUGGAUGAUAUUCUUGACCAUCACUGGCUCCUUUGCUGGUGCUAUCAUCUACGACCGCCGCGAGAAACGCCGUGCGCAGCAGAAAUGGUGCGACCUCGUAGCCCAUCUCGCAACCGAGCCGCUGGCGGUGGAGCAGAUGCGCCGAAAGUUGACCGUUUAUCUCGCUGCGCCGCCGGGCGAUGGUAUGCGCGUCGCUCACGACCACUUUAAGGAAUAUGUCAAGCCCAUCUUGACUGCAGCCGCGCUGGAUUACCACGUGGUUGAAGGUCGCCGGGAGGGAGAUGUGCGAGCUGGCACUGCGGAGAACAUCCGCAAGCUGCGACGGAAGGCUGGUGAGCAGAGUACAGUUGUGUCGGAGCCCACAGUCGAGUCCGCCGUACUUGACCAGCGGGAGCGCAUGGGAAUCCAGGACGAGCCCGGUCCCAAGGGUGACUUGGUCAUCGGCCGCCACACAUGGAAGGAAUAUGUCCGCGGCUUGCAUGAGGGUUGGCUUGGACCCUUGGACCCUCCGCCUCCCCCGGUCGACGUUUCGGUUCCCUCCGGAAAUGAGGCAGCUGAAGAGGCCAUGAAAGACAUUGCCACUGGCGAUGAGCCAUCUGACAUGCAGGCGAAUGUCGAGACCCUUGAGAAGACCCUCAAGGGGAGCGAAGAAAAGACCGAAGAGAAGAAAGAGGAGAAGGAGAAGGAAAAGGAGAAGCCCAAGCCUAUCGGUCCUGCACCUGCUUACAUCUAUCCUGCCGAAUACUCCUCCGCCUCUCUCCCUCCUUCCCUGCCCCAGUCCUUCGACAACUCCGUCCCCAUUGAAUUCCCCCACAUCCUCGGCUUCCUGAACACACCCAUCCGACUCUACCGCUACCUCAACGAACGACACGUGGCUGAGAACAUCGGCCGCGAGGUUGCCGCCGCCGUUCUCGCCGCAAGCUCAAGACCCUACCGCGAGGAAUCUUUCAGCACAGACUCCCAGCUGAGCGGAGCCAGCGUUGACUCCGCUCCAUCCCCUGAUGGCUCAUUUACCGAGCUCUCGCGCUGUAACUACGAGCAACAGAACGUCCUGGAGGCGGAAGAAAAGGAAUGGCACAAGUCCGUCCACAAGCGCGACGAGGCCGACAAGGAGCGCGAGUGGCUGGCCGACGUCGUGCUCGACCCCCGCAUUGCCUCCCGCAUGCAGACCGCCAUUCUUUCGCCUGAGGACGAAGCCCGUGCUCAGCGUAUCUUCAACCAAACGGAGUACAUCCUCGGCCAGGAGCGCCCGGCCACCGUUCCCUACUGGAAGAAGAUGUGGAUCAAGUACGGCUAUGGCGAGGAUGAGGAGACUAUCAGGAAGAAGCCGAUCCUCCCUAAUGUCGAUGAGGAGGAUGCGUAA